ACCAUCUUCCCAUAAUCUUAUCACACCAAAAACAUCAACAUUUGUAUCAAUCAAUCUCAAUAUAUAAUUAAUGGCAGGAAAAGGAUCAGUAAAACUUCUGGGUUUCUCAGCAAGUCCAUACGUAAACCGAGUUCAGAUUGCCCUCAAUCUCAAAUCAAUUGAGUAUGAAUAUCUGAAAGAAACAUUCGGCACAAAGAGUGAACUUCUUCUGAAAUCAAACCCAGUUCACAAGAAAAUGCCAGUGAUGAUCCAUGACGACAAACCCAUAUGCGAAUCCCUAAUCAUAGUACAAUACAUCGACGAACAAUGGACAUCCGGUCCGACCAUCCUCCCAACCGACGCAUAUGAUCGUGCCAUCGCCCGUUUCUGGGCUGCCUAUGUAGACGACAAGAUGUUCCCUUCUUUGAGAGAGUAUCGAAUGGCGGCGGAGGAAGAAAAAUUGAGUAAAUUGGAAAGGGUGAAGGAAGGGUUUGCUUUGUUAGAAGAAGCUUUUGUGAAAUCAAGUAAAGGGAAGGCGUAUUUUGGAGGGGAGAAUAUUGGGUAUUUGGAUAUUGCCUUUGGAAGUUUGUUGGGAUGGGUGAAAGCAGGGGAGAAGAUGGCGGAUUUGAAGUUUCUAGAAGAAUCUAAUACUCCUAAUCUUGUGAAGUGGGUUGAGAGUUUCCUUUCGCAUGAGGCUGUAAAGGGUGUCAUUCCUGAGACUGACGUGAUAGUUGAGGUUGCCAAGAAGCUUGCAGCCAUGGCCAAAUCUCAAACCUAAAAGUUAAAUUGGUGUAAUUUGCUUCUAUUUUGAUUGUAGAGUGUGGGCUCUUAAUUGUAUCCUUAAUA